AGAGGAAGAACACAAGGAGUAAAAUGGCUACAGCUAGUGCUAGCUAGCUGUUUUAGAUCGAAAAAUGUUGCGCUAUCGAUCAGUUUGAUAUUUAUGCCAUCUAUGCAGCGUUCAGGCAGAGAGAAAAAAAAACAUAAACUGAUUAUUUAAAGGAUCUGGCCAGAAAAAAAGCACUUGUGUAUGUUGUUGAAGUGAUUAAGGGGGUCGUUUUUCAAAAGCCUGUGUGUUUGUGUAGUGGUUCGUGUAUCAUCUGGUCAGCUGUCCGUCAGUUAAACGUCAGUGAAGAUUGUGGGAAACUGCAGCCAUGGCAGCUCCUGUGAACAUCCAGGCCCCCAGUAAGACCUGGGAGCUCAGUCUGUAUGAGCUGCACAGGAGCCCUCAGGAGGCCAUUGUGGACGGGACGGAGGUGGCGGUGUCUCCUCGCUCUCUGCACAGUGAACUGAUGUGCCCCAUCUGUCUGGACAUGCUGAAAAACACCAUGACCACUAAAGAGUGUCUGCACCGCUUCUGCUCGGACUGCAUCGUCACUGCGCUGCGUUCUGGGAACAAGGAGUGUCCGACCUGCAGGAAGAAACUGGUCUCCCGACGCUCCUUACGCAGAGAUUCGAACUUCGACGCCUUGAUCUCAAAGAUUUACCCGAGUCGUGACGAGUACGAGGCCCAUCAGCGCAGCGUCCUGGAGCGGCUCAACAGGCUGCACAACAAAGAGGCGCUGAGCUCCAGUAUCGAGGAGGGGCUCCGCCAGCAGGCUCGCUACAGGUCUGAGAGGAACCACCGGGUGAAGAAGCCCACUCAGGAGAGCGACAACACCACCUUCAGCGGCGGGGAGGAUAACGGCGACUCGCGCUCGCACCUGUCCCAUGACUCGGCCCCGUCAAACACCCCCCACCCCCGCGGCCAGACCCCCCCAGAGGCCGGGCCGAGCCGCAAGCGGCGGCGCGCCUCCGACGACGGGUCCGGGCCCGAGGCGGACAGCGGGAGCCCCACCCCCCCUCUGAGACGCCAUAAAGAGGGGCCGGGCUCAGAGAUCGAGCUGGUGUUCAGGCCACACCCGCAGCUGGUCCAGGCCCAGGACUACAACCAGACCAGAUUUGUGAAGACGACGGCCAACGCCACCGUGGACCACCUGUCGAAAUACCUCGCCCUGCGCAUCGCCCUCGAAGACCGACGGCCCGACGGGGAAGAGGACGACAGAGGGAGAGAGGAGGCAGGAAAAGAGGAGAGGGGAGCAGAGGGAGGAGGGGAUGCUGGCGGAACGUCUAGAGGCGGAGACGGGACGAGUCUGAGCAACAUCAGCGAGAAGCAGUACACCAUUUACAUCACGACGAGGGGAGGACAGUUCUCUACACUCAAUGGCUCUUUGACUCUGGAGCUGGUCAACGAGAAAUACUGGAAGGUCAGGAAGCCUUUAGAGCUGUACUACGCCCCCACAAAGGAGCAGCAGCAACCACAGGCCCCCCCCCAGCAGCCUCCCCAGCAGAAGUCCCCCUCCUCUCAGAAGGAGGGAUGAGGAGCAGCAGGGGGCUGUUUUUCUCCUCAUGUUUAUAAUCCCAAACAGGAAUUAUCAGCAUUUUAUUGUCCUUUUUGUAAUAAAAUAGCAUUAAGAUGGAAUAAUCUAAACUGCAUUUAUAGACUGAUUGGAUUUUUUCCUUUUUUUGGUGGAACAGAUUAAGUUUGACCUCAGUUUAUCUACAAUUAAAACAAACAGAACAGAGUAAUCGAAGAGAACCCAACAAACCACAGACCCACCUAUUGCGAGCGGGGGGGUGGACAUUCCUAACCCUGUGCGGAAAAAUGAAGCCUGCAUUUACAAACCGAUGUCCAAACCUGGCUUCCUGUCUGCUCUGCGCUCCUCUGUUUAUUCAACAACCUCAAUGAAGUGUAAACUGUUUAAGUUGCAGCUCUACCAGAAAAAUAAUGCGUUACAAAACAGUGUACAAACAAUUCAAAUGUUUGUUUUUCAAGAUUUGUGACAGCCAGCAUUCCUCCUAUGAAACAUUGGACUCCCUUGAACUGUUUUUUUCAAAAAUUGUUGGGAUUUUUUGUUCAAACACUUAACUUUUUUCCAUAAUGACUUAUUUAUUUGGUGUAAAUAUAUUAAUUGUGACUUAAUUUAGCUUUCCUAUUUCAUACUCUUGGCAUAAAGAACUGUGGAUAAAGAACUGACUGCAGGUGAGCAGAAAUGAAUAAAAAAUAAAAACGCUGGUGGCAUUCAUGUGACUUAAAACCCCUUCUUGCAAUAUCCUUGAAAAACAGAUCAAAAUGAGACUCAUCUGUCAUUUUUC